AUGGGCUCCCAGAGUUCAGACAAACUAACAGCCGAUGCUCAAAUUAUGGACUUUUUAUGCUCUAGCCCUUUUCGACGGGAUAGUCAAGAGGGGACUGAGGUUAAACUCUUAAGACAGCGAGAUUUCGAGGAUUUUAGCGGUUUUCAGACAGCAACACAGGAAAUAUUGAAAACCGUACCAGCAAAAGCACAGGCAUUAUUUCUUGUCAUUUCUUCGGACACUUUGAGCGAAAUUCGAAAAUACCAAGGCAAUGGUGACUUUGCUUCUGGCUUAGGAUUGGAUCUCAGAGCCCCUCAACUGGAGUCGUACCAUUCUGCAUUUCAUGGAGUCGGCUUUGAUCGGGUAUUCGUGCUGGCACUGCUAAUCAGCCCGACGCCCGAAAUUAUAUCCCAUGUCAGCUACAGCCUUCAGAGCGAAGGCCUAACCUUGUGUAUUACCGAUACGAACUCGGAAACAAACGCUCGAUAUGCCUUUUUACAGAGAGACAAGUGGCAUCUUCUUUCACCAUACCAGAUAGGGACCGAGAAACAUUGGAAUCCAUCAGAAGACUUGAGAGAUUGUCAGCAACACAAGCACUCUCCCUUCAUCCAUUUUUGUGCCACCUUGUUCUUCUUUAUCACGUGGUGGACACUAGGAAUAAGCCCCUGA